AUGCCUGUAGGUCGUUCCAUUAUCACUCCCUUUGGUGUGGUCGUGCUGUUCACUUUUCUCGAUUAUAACUGUUCACAGGCGACGGCCACGGCGCACAGUCUCCCAGAAACGCAAAGCCCAGAAUGGACAGAAUCUCCGUCCGACCAGUCUACGGCAGCGUCCACUACCCAGCGCCGCCCAGGCCAAUGCAAGAAAAACAAGGAAAAGAGGAGAAAGAGACGAUGGAAGCAAGCGCAACAGCUUCAGGUAGAGCACGAGCAGCUUGAAAUCCAAAACGAGCAGCUUGGAAUUCAGAACAAGCAGCUUGUAAUUCGAAACGAGCAGCUUGUAUGCCAACAAACCCAGGGCCAAAUUGAAAAUCAGGGCCUACGCGAGCAACUAAGGCAGCAGGAGCAAUUUCAUCGACGUUAUGAGAGGAGCAUGCGAAAGUUCUUCCACGACUGUCAUGUCGAAGCUUCCUCUAUUGUCAAAUCAGUCAACAUUCUGCUCUCAGAUUGCGCAACGCGUCCCAGAGGUGUACCAGAACCCGUGAGGUGGGAGCGUCGAUUCGCGCAUGACGUAUGA